AAGAGGGAGGGAGUCAUACAAGAGAGGCAGCAGCCAUAGAGGGAGAGAGAGGUGAGCGACGAGAUCAUCCUCCUUUCUGCCGGCCUCAUCAUGUUCAUGCUGCAGAUGUUGACUGUCAUCUCCCUGACUGUUCUCCUCCUGGCAUCUGUGCAAGGUAAAGGUGUGCAAAUGCAACGGGAUGUCCAAUGCUGCAUGUUGUAUUCUCACGGCAAGGUGCGCACCAAGGACGUGUUGCGGUUUGAGGUGCAGACCGAGGGACCGGACUGCAGUAUACAAGCCAUCAUCCUUUACACCAAAAAAGCGGUGAAAUGUGCCGAUCCCAGGGAUCGUAAAGUGAAAAGGUUGCUGCGGAAGCUCCUGCAGAGACAGCGGACCAAAGCCCAUCGAACAAUGUGGCUUCUUCCUCACGACAACCUGCCUGUCAUGACAGAGGAGAAGAAAGAAAACUGGGCCAUCUUCAACACGGAGUGAGAAGCAUCAAAUAUGACGGGAAAUGAAUAGUCGUAGGCCAAGUAAACUGUCAGCAGCUCGUCAUCCUACAGUAAAACAGCAGUUAGCUGACUCUCCAGUCGUCUUGUGUCUCUUGCUCUAUAUCACAACUAUCUGUCUGCAGUGGACCAGACCUGGGCAGCAAUAUCUAUUUAAAUGGCUUUACAUAUUUAAAAUAUGAACUGUGUUUGACAGAUUGCAAAAGUGAAGAGAAGGAGGAGGAGGAUUGACUUGUAAGAUAUGCGUGAUGGAUUUAACUAAAAUGGCUCUUACUGUUAUUUGCCAGAGUCUGCCUCAAAAGAGUCUCCCCCUCUCCAUCCAUUACGUCUUUUGUGGCUGAUCUGUAGAAGAAAAAAAACAAAAAAACAUUGUGAUUUGAAAAAAUGUAUAUGAGCAGUGGUUUUAAUAUCGUCCUGAAGCAAGAUACAUAUAUGCUUGUUUGUGCUUUGUAAAUGUUCACAUUCACGUGUAACUGCUCUGAGUAAGUAGUUCAGGUUUGGUGGGUGCAGAAGUUAUAGGGGAGUAUUUUUUUUUUUCCUUUUACUAAAUUAACUUGCACCUUGUUUUUGUACAAUCCAGGUUUCACGGUCCCUUUCAGACUUUGACCUCCCGUUUGUGACUGUUAUACAACUGAAGUCGAGAUGUGAAACUUACAUACAGUGAAAAGCAAUCUGCUCUUUAUACCGAUUGUUAAUACUAGCGUAAUGUUACGUACGGUCUGUGUUUCAAUCUUCUAUUCGCGUCACGCACACACUACUACAUAGUCCGUCAUUAAACUAUGCCAAAGUACUUUCUUCAUGAUUCCAUUCACCACAUGACAAGGCUGUUCCAACUUUGAGGGCUCGAUAGUGUGUGAAGCACACAAUCAUCGUAUUGUAGAAGAAUACACUGUAUGUUGAAACACUAUGUAAAGUGAAUUAUUUUAUAAAAGAAUCUGAAACAA